AUGUAUUCUUUUGCCUCAAUACUUGCAUUCAUCACAAUUCUUCUCCGCCUAUCAUCCGCAGAAACUGACAAUCCGGUGGUCGAUGGAUUUUACCCCUUCAUCCUUGUCUACAAAAACGACACAGUGCAGCGCAUUUUAAACAUAACUCUGGUUCCACCGUCGCUGGAAGACCCCGUCACCGGCGUAUCCUCCAAAGACAUCAACAUUUCCACGGAGUUACUGGCAAGGAUAUACCUCCCGAAACUCAAAGCCGCCAAUCAGAAACUGCCCAUAUUUAUAUGGUUUCAUGGCGGCGGGUUCUUUAUGGGUUCCGCCUUCGCCGACACUCAACAAGCAUUCCUCAACAUCAUGGCUUCUAGGGCCGGCGCGAUAGCUAUCUCCGUUGACUAUAGGCUGGUCCCCGAGCACCAUCUCCCCACCGCUUACGAAGAUGCCUGGACUGCGCUUCAAUGGGUCACAGCCCAUAAAACCCGGUCCUCUUGCGGCGAACCCUGGCUGCUCCAAUACGGAGAUUUCGAUCGGAUCUUUAUCGGCGGUGACAGCGCCGGCGCCAACAUAGUUCACAACACGCUUAUGAGAGCCGGGUUAGAGCGUCCAAAAGGAGGCUCCAUAAAAAUCUUGGGUGGAAUCCAAACCCAUCCUUAUUUCUGGGGAUCAAAUGAAACAUAUUCGAUUGACUGGUUCCAAAGGUUCGCAAAUUUUGUUUGGAGGUUUGCCUAUCCAACGGCGCCGGGCGGGAUCGAUAAUCCAAUGGUUAACCCGUUUACGGAAAACGCUCCCAGCUUAACGUUGUUAGGGAGUUCAAAGCUGUUUGUGUAG